AGCACCUGUGCUAAAUCAAAGUUGAAAGCGAGACCGAAACCUGUAGUCCUCUGGACGUCAUCUGACGUUGACAAGUGGCUUCGUCGGUGCUGCAGUGAUUUGUUUCACGAAAUUCACACCAAAUUCUCAGAGGAUGAAGACUGAACAGCAAUCGGCACCGGUGCCGGCCGCGGUCUCGUCCGAGUGCUCGUUCACUCAUCAGCAACAGGUCUCAGGGCCAAGUUUCACCUCGCCGGCCUGCUUCCUGCCCUUCGCCGGGCCGGGUUUCAGUCUGACGCCCCUGACGCCGGUCAGGGUGGAGACGGAGCAGCCGCUGAGCAGCAGUCUGCACCCGGGCCGCAAACCGACGCGGCUCGGUGAUGAACGGCCCUACGCGUGUCUCGCGUGCGGCAAGGCGUUCAAGCAGAAGGCCACACUAAACCAGCACGAACGCAUCCACACGGGCGCCAAGCCCUACUCGUGCCCUGAGUGCGGCAAGUGCUUUCGGCAGCAGAGCAACCUCACGCAGCACCUACGCAUCCACGUCGGCGAGACGCAUUUUCCUUGCCAAUACUGCCAGAAGAGUUUCAAGCAGAGGCACCUGCUGGGCCAGCACCUGCUCACGCACCACGGCCACCUCGAGCCCAGCCCCACCAUGGUUCCCAAGCAGGACCACUGGCCGGGGGGCAUGGAGGCCUCUGUCCUUGCUGGAAUGUCAGGCUUUUCGAUGCCACAGCCGAUGAGCAAGGGCAAGAAGUACUUCAACAAGGACGAGCACCUGCCGGAGCUGAUCCCGAUGGGUCGGAACGCGGCGGGCAUGCCGCUCUUUCUGCACUGCACCAUCUGCAAGGAGGACUUCAAGCAGAAGGACACGCUGCUGCAACACGGCUGCGUGCACAUUUCUGCGCGGCCGUACCAGUGCCUCGAGUGCGGCAAGCGCUUCAAGCAGCAGUGCCACCUGAUGCAGCACCUGCGCAUCCACACGGACGAGAAGCCGUACAAGUGCAGCGUGUGCGAGAAGGCCUUCCGGCAGCGCACCAACCUCAACCAGCACCUGAAGACGCACUACGGCACCGUCACCUCCACGUCGGCCCCCGCGGCGGCCGAGAAUCCGCCUUUGAAUCUGUCGGACGUGAAACAUGUGAUUCCUGAGACAAUACUCUCCACUUGACUU